GCACUAAUCUCGUUAAGGAAAACAUAGACAACUUCCAUUGUUUGCUGUAAAAGGUGUUUCUUUCUGCACUCUGUGUUGCAAUAAGCUUAGGGUGGUAGGCAGGAACAGCACAAAUCUGUCUUUUCUGGGACAUUGGGUCUGUGUGCAGAGUGUCUGGGGAUGUUGGGAGAGAGGGCGUGCACAUUCUUGUGGGGAAGUCCAGAGAGAAGACCAGCCCUCUCAUUCAACACACCUUCAGAAAGCACUGCCCAGUGAGCACCUCUGGGCAGCAGCAGCAGCAGAGCCUCUGUCACUCUCAGGCAUCCUCAUCAUGUGGUUCUGCAGAAGAAAGCUUCCUAAAAUUCCCAGAGCCCUCUUUUGGCUCAUUGUUUUCAUACACUUGUGCAUCUUUGUUGUUUAUUUGAACUCCUUGUUUGGCUUGAUGAAGACAGGGAUUUUCAGAUUCGAGAAAUGGAUCCUUGUCCAACGUGGCCCGUAUGUGCUACGAGUGGGCAUUGAAGAGCACCAGAGUGUAGGAUAUUCUGGUAAUGGGAACUCAGGGAGCCUUUUAAAGGUGACUUUGGGGAGAGACACCACCAGGCUUGAACAAGAUAUGGUUGAGAGGACAUCAAGAUGGGAAGGAAAAGAGGAGCAGAAGAUGAUCAAACCAGUUGCCAAGGAAGCCAAGGAGAGCAUGACUGUAAAACCAACCCCCAGGUUGGAGGGAAUCAAGAAGACAACAGUGAAAACAACCCCUACAGUGCACGGAAACAAGGAGAAAACAACAGUGAGACCAGCCCCACAGGUGGAAGAAGCCAAGGAAAAGACAUCAGUGAAACCACUUACCAGGGUGGAGGGAGACAAGGAGAUAGCAACAGUGAAACCAUCCUCUGGGGUGAAGGGAGCUCAUGAAAGCAACAUGUCCAAAGACCAGACAAAGCCAAAAGAGCCUCCUGCACCAGUGGGAACUGUAAGACCUGUUCCUCAGGUUGCUGCAGUGACAGAAAGGAAGAAACUGAGGGCUGCUGACUUCAAGUCUGAGCCACAGUGGGAUUUUGAGGACAAGUACCAGCUGGACAGCUCGUCCCCACCAUCGACCUGCUCUGAAUCAGUGAAGGCCAAAGCUGCCAAGUCUGACUGGCUGCGAGAUCUUUUUCUGCCCAACAUCACCCUCUUCACAGACAAGAGGUACUUCAAUGACAGUGAGUGGGAGCGCCUGGAGCAUUUUGCACCUCCCUAUGGCUUCAUGGAGCUGAAUUAUUCAUUGGUGAAGGAGGUCAUGUCCCUGCUGCCCCCUAAUCCCCACCAGCAGCUGCUUCUGGCUAACAGAAACAGCAGCAUGCCAACAUGUAUCAGCUGUGCUGUUGUGGGGAAUGGAGGAAUACUGAAUAACUCUGGGAUGGGCCAGGAGAUUGACUCCCAUGACUAUGUCUUCAGGGUGAGUGGAGCUGUGAUCAAAGGUUACGAAAAAGAUGUGGGAACGAAAACCUCUUUUUAUGGAUUCACAGCCUACUCCCUGGUGUCCUCUCUCCUGAUCUUGGGACACAAAGGGUUCAGCAACAUCCCACAGGAAAAACAUGUCAGAUACAUUCACUUCCUAGAGGGAGCUAGAGACUAUGAGUGGCUGAGGGCUCUUCUGCUGAACGUGGACAUCAGGAAAGGAUUCUUGAACGACUACGGGAAAAGGCCCCGGGAGAGAUUCAAUCAAGAUUUCACAAUGGACAGAUACCUGGUGGUUCACCCUGAUUUCCUCAGAUACAUGAAAAACAGGUUUUUAAAAUCUAAAAAUCUGGAGAAGUCCUACUGGAGGCUGUACAGACCCACAACAGGGGCCUUCCUGCUGCUGACUGCCCUCCACCUCUGUGACAGGGUGAGUGCCUAUGGCUACAUCACGGAGGGCCACGAGAAGUACUCAGAUCACUACUACGACAAGGACCCGAAACGCUUGGUUUUCUACAUUAACCACGAUUUCAACCUGGAGAAGCAGGUGUGGAAAAAACUUCACGAUGAGAAUAUCAUGAAGCUUUACCAGAGAUCCUGACUGUGUGGCAAGGGACAUUGCCUGGGAAAUCUCAAGUCUGGCAAUGGCAGAGGACCACCAGAGCCAAGGUUAGCUCUGGACUUCCAGACACAUUUCAUCCCCACAAAAACAGUUCCUUUCUUCAGCACCUUGGUUGUCUCACGAUGUUUCUACAAAUGUGCAGUUGCUACAGACCAGGAGAAAACAGCAAGAAAAUGCAGCAGACCAAAAAAGAAGUCCCAUCUGACUGCUGCAAGAUUGUUGCUGGUGGUUGUAGGCACUGGUACUGGAUCUGGGUGGCAUAUGGUCCAAUGUCCUGUCCAACUUCUCCAUCCAGGUUUUCGGUCUUUGCAAGGAGAUGCUCCUCAGGCUGGAGCUACUUCUGAGUGGAUCCUCUCCAUUGGUGGUACCCAUCUUGGAGCUGGGUAUUGUCUAAGCAAGUUCCCUCUGCAUCCAGUGGAUAGAUGUGGACACACAGAUCCUGUCUCAGGUUGACUUAAUUCCUGGAGGUACUGCUGUCACUCUGCUCCCUGCAGAUGAAAAGGAUGAACCAAAACUUCCAAGUGACAAAUUAGAGAGAAGAUGAGUCUCACUUCUGUUUCCCACUGUGGCCUCAUCAUGAGACCUCCAGGGGAGAACCACCAUCAGCUCCAGGGCAGGAAAAUGCUUUCCAUGGUGCAGCAGGCAUGCUGGACUUGGUGCCUCUUGCUCUGGACCUCACCUGGCUGCAGGACAUGUGAAUGUUGAGUUGCUGUCCUGGUGUGCUAAGUCCCUCCUGAGCUGGGCUUUGGCAUUUCUGGCUCCCAGCUGUGCCAGGAGUGCUGCAUUUUCCCUCUUGCCAGGGGAGACAGGAGCUCUCCAAGUCCAGGGAUGGAUGCUAUCCAUCCUUGCUGCUGGCUGGAGGUCCUGUUCCUCACGGUGCUGAGAAGGGCUGGGUUGCAGCCUGUUUGCCUUCUGAAAGGGUUUGUGCAAGCAAAAUAAAUGGUACUGCCUUGGCCAA